AUGGUGAAGAAUCUGUUGAAAGUAACACUUUUUGGAGCUGUAGUUGGGUUUAUCGGUUACUGCGUUUAUUUUGAUCGCAAACGUCGGAGCGAUCCGGAGUUCCGUACCAAACUUGCCAAAAGACGGCGGGCGAGAGCACUUGCUGCGCAGAGAGCAUCAGUGCCUGCCCUUCCCGCCAUGAACGAUCCCAGAGCUGUCCAUACUUUCUUUUUAGAGCAAAUUCAGCAGGGCGAAAAUGCGCUCUCCUCUGGCUGUACCGAUGAGGCCGUUCGGCACUUUGCAUACGCAGUUGUUGUGUGUGGUCAGCCCACGCAACUUCUACAGGUUCUGCAACAUUCACUCAGUCCUGCAAUAUUCUCAAAAUUAGUGGCCUCACUACCUGAGAUCAGAAAGAUUUCACUGCGAACAUUUUUCCUGGUGUGCCUCUGCACUUUGUCCAGAUCAGACAAAAUAAAUCCUUUUGAAAUGUUUCCCAAUCAUGGCACAGGGGACGGAUCUCAUCAAGCACUCCAUAAACCGGAACCUAUUGGCAGUCCACAUACCCUCCUAGUACGGUCAUUAUGGCAACAGCUGAAGGCUGCACUUCCUGAAGGGUUUGAAGCUCUUUCCUCUGUGGAUGUUACGCUUCGAUGCAAACUAUCCAAAGGGGAUAUUCUGCUUAUCAAACGUUUUGUUGAAAACAACUCCGAAUUUCCUGUUCCCUCUACGGACUCUAUAAACGAGAUAUUUUCUCGCUUUAUGGAGCCUGUUUAUGAAACUGAUUAUCACCACUCCUUUGUUUUUUCCUACGAAUAUUUGUUUGCUCUUGUUCCAUUUCUUAUUUACUUUAUUUGUCGAAAAAUUGGUGCAAUUCUUACUACUGCGGUGGGGAUUCUAUCCUUUGCGGCCUAUGAGCUUUAUAUUCAAGCCAUUGCCAAACGUCACGCUCUCCUCAGUCGACUGCCGUCUAUUCCUGACGAUUGUCUUCCCUAUUCCCAACGGUCUUUAAUGCAUCGACUCUCUAGUUGGAUACCGUUUCGAAGAUCCCGAGACGAGUGUGUUGAAUACUUCAAACUUACUAUGACCUCGCCCUUUGCAGAAUUGCGCCCAGACCGCAUUAUUCUUAGUGUUCUAGGGGAUUUCAUGGAGUUCAUCGCGUCCACAUUCGGUGCCAGUUUGGGGCAAUUUUAUCAUAAACUUAAUUUAUGGGUGCCCUUUUAUAUUGCCCUCCCCUUGACUGUCUUAUGUGUAUUUUUACUCUGCCGUAUGCCAACUUCUGCACGCAGGCCAAGACCGGCCAAAAGUCGAAAACUGAACAAAAAUAAACCGCCUUUGGCUCUGAAACAAGAAUGA